AAAAAAUAAAAUAGAAAGUGUAGUCAACUAGUCAUGUACGACAGCUGGAGUAGCUACAAAAGCCCCUCUCUCUUUGUCCCUGAAAAAAAAGACCCACAGUACGUAGUUACGUAGUACCCUUAUGUCUUAUUACUGGGGUUCCUUCGACUUAGGAAUUUCAACGAACACCUGCCGUGCAAGAGCCCGAUACACUUGAAACCAAUGAAGGGCAACAAGACCACAGUCCUAACAUUUGCUGAGAAAUGCAAGAACAUAUUAGCAUCGAAUUGGCAAGGUAACCUCAACACGAUCAAAGCCGACGCCAAAGGAAGCAAGGACGAAAUCUAUACUUCAAAGGUUAAGUACUUUGUCAAGAAAGGGAGGCCCUACAUCUGGAUACCCGAAAAGGACUUGCACAAUGUGAACACAAUCAUUGAUGAACGUGGUUCUUUUGCUGUGAGCAGUCCCUUCCCAGGCCCACUUGCAAACUUACUUAGAUCGAUAAAAAAGCUACCUGCACGGGUUGCUUUGACUGGAGAUGUUGUGCCUCUUAAAGGUGAAAAGGUGAAGCUUGUUGCAGAAAGCCUAAGAGAAACCAUAUCUUCAGAAAGCAAAGUGGUUAAGGAAUCCACUUAUGCAGUCUCUGGCAUACUGAGUUCUUCAAAUCUUGGGUCUACACCUCGAAGUGAAAACCUUCGGGAGCUACUAGAUGGCAAUGAACAGUACACGGUUUAUAGGUUUAAUCUAAGUUCAUGCACGUACAUCGAUAGCAAUGGAGGCACUCAUGAAUUAGAUUUGGCAGAUGUUGAAGCAUCUAAGGGUGAUCCGUUAUCUCCUUUUUCUUCAAGCCUACUUGAUGGGAUUAAUCGAAGUGAAUUGAGACGUAGAGCCCUAAUUCUUUUCUGUAUUACAUACUUGAAUAAAAAUGCAAAGGAUGCACUUAUGCUUUCAGUAGAUCGGAAAGGAUUUGAUGUGUUGGGAAAGGUUCUAGGUCCGGUGAGGAACGAUGGCUCUCGCGAAUACCAGUGGAAGGAGUUCCGGUUCGCAUUCAAGGAAGAAGCACGUGACGUGGAAACCGUAUGUCGACAACUUGUGGAGAUGGAAGAGGAAGCACUCAAGGAUGUUUCAAGUUUCAGUGGAUUAGGUUGAUAUGAAAAAAUAGAACAGGCAUGUUCCUAGAUCAGAAGUAUUUUCAGCAACAAUUACUAUCUUUGUGGUGUUCAAAUUUAAGUGUACUUUACGAUGUAACAUACAGUUAAAGUAGGAGUUGCUGAUUGUAUGGUUGGAGUAAAUUUCAAUUUUAAUGAUUGUAUGGUUGGAGUAAAUUUCAAUUUUAAGGACGGGGGAUUGAC